AUGGCCGGGGAGGGGGACAGGAGGAAGCGCUUUAUUUCAGCCACGGCUGCCAACUACUUCGGGCUGGACCCGGCGGGCGGUGCCGCUGCCCUGGCCGCGGGGCUGCAUUCCCGUCCGGAGCUGAGCCGCUUCCUCGACGACGGCAACGAGUUCCUGCUCGUGGUGCAGCGCUCGGGCGCGCAGCUCAGCGCCUCCAACAAGAUUGAAGCUACUGAUUCAAAGAAUAAUGUGUUGGUGUUCUUUAAGCUGAGACCUGAUGUAAUUACUGAAGAUAAUCUUCACAGUAAUAUUCUUGUGUCAUCUAUGCUAGAUUCACCAAUCAACACCCUUUAUCAAGCUGUACGACAGGUUUUUGCACCAGUAUUACUAAAGGAUGAGAAGUGGAGUAAAGCAUUUGAUCCCAAGCUCCAAAAACUUUUAAGUGAGCUUGAAGCUGGCUUGAGUACUGCUCUCAGAAGAUCAGAUCCCAGUUACAAAGGAACAAAAUUUAGUGAAGAUGAUGUGCGAGCUAUACUUACACCAACAGAUGAAUUUCAGUUCUGGAGAGAAUGUGCUCAUCAUGGAAAUAAAGGAUGUAGUAAAGAGAGAGCUUCAUAUUUUAGAGACCUGUUUGAGGACAUUGCAAAAGAUUAUUGCAACUUGGAUACCCUCUCAUUAUUUGAAGUUGUGGAUUUGGUGGAGGCUACCAAGGACACUCUUGAUAGUGUGUGGAGACAAACAGACCACGAUCCUUAUCCACAGUCUCGCAUGCAUAAUCUCUUGGAUGUGAUAGGUGGCUCACUAGGUAGAUUUGUUCAGAGAAAAUUAACAGCUUUGAAUUUGUGGGAGGAUACUUUUCACAGUGUUAAAGAAAAUAUACAGGCUGGCAUCUUGGUUUGUGAACAAUGGGUGUCAGCUUGUGAAUACCUAACUGGACAGCUGUGGCAACAUUACACUCUACAUCCAUGGAAAAAUGAGAAAUAUUUCCCUGAGCUGAUAGCCAAACUUGGACAACGUCUUGAUGAGGUGCUAACUGUUAGAACACUUCAUGAAAAACUUAUGUUCUUUUUGCCAGCUGGAGAAAAAAAUUCUUUACAUCUUUCCCAUGUGUUUGAACCCUUUGCUGGCCUAAAUCCUGUACACUAUAAUCCUUACACAGAGCCAUUAUGGAAAGCAGCAGUCUCUCAAUAUGAAAGAAUUAUUGCACCAGUGGAACAAAAAAUAGCAAGCAAAUUGAAGAAAAUUAUUUCAGAAAUUCAGGACAGUCCACAGCAGCUUCUUCAAAUAUUUCAGAAACAUAAGGAACUGAUAAAGCACCCAAAUAUAAGCAAAGAGUUGCUUUUUGAGAGGGAAACAUUACUGGCAGCACUUCAAGAUUAUGUCAAAGACUAUGAGACAGACUUUGGAACUCGGUGCCAUGGUGUUCCUGGUGAUGUUUCUGGACCACUGUCAGGCAAGAACCUUUCUGAAGUUGUCAAUAAUAUUGUAUGGGUACAGCAGCUGGAGCUGAAGGUGGAUGAUUCUAUCAAGCUGGCAGAGGCUCUUCUGUCUGACUUACCUGGAUUUCAAACUUUUCAUCAAAGUGCAAAUGGUUUUCUGGAACAGUUGAAAGUAUAUGAGCAAGAACAAUUUGAUGAUUGGUCUAGGAAUAUCCAGUCAGAAUUAUCAAAUCCCAAGUCAGGACUUUGUAUCCAAGCUAAUAGCCCUGUGAUGGAGUUGGAUCCCAUUUCUGGAGCAUUAAACAUACUUUACUCAGAUCGUUUGGUGACUCUGCUAAGAGAAGUACGUCAGCUAUCAGCACUUGGGUUUGCUAUACCAGCUAAAAUACAGCAUCUUGCAAAGACUGCACAAAAGUUCUGCAAGCAGGCAGUCAUCCUCAAGCAGGUGGCGCAUUUCUAUAAUUCUAUUGAUCAACAAAUGAUUUGGAGUCAAAAACCAAUGAUGUUACAAUCUGCUCUAGCAUUUGAACAGAUAAUUAAGCAUUCAAAAUCAGGUCCUGGAGGAAAAGCUCAAAUAACAUGGGAUAAUCCCAGAGAACUGGAGGCUUAUAUCCAAAAACUCCAAGGUGCUGCUGAACGGAUUUCCACUGAAAAUAGAAAACUAAGAAAGUGGCACACAAACUUCAUUCAAAAGGUCAUAUCACUUAUGAAUAUUGAUCUACUGCGGCAGCAGCAGCGUUGGAAAGAGGGGCUUCAGGAGCUCCGAACUGGUUUUGCCAGCCUCGAGUCACAGGGUUUCAAAUCAAGUGAUAUGAAAGCCUGGAGACAACACUGGAAUCAUCAACUUUACAAAGCUCUGGAGCAUCAGUAUCAAAUGGGCUUAGAAGCACUCAAUGAGAAUUUACCAGAGAUAACUAUUGAUCUAACAUUCAAGCAAGGUCGCUUGCAAUUCAGACCUCCUUUUGAAGAAGUACGAGCUAGAUAUUACAGAGAAAUGAAGAGAUUCAUCUCUAUUCCAAAUCAGUUUAGGGGAGUAAGUGAGGCAGAAGAUGAGUCUAUAUUCACUGUUAUGACCGAAAGAAAUGCAAAUGGAUUUCUCACCGCUUUCAGUAAAGCAGAAGAUUUGUUCAGAAGGCUGGCAGAUGUUUCUAAUCAAUUCAAGGAAUGGGUUGUAAUUGGCCAAGUAGAUAUGGAACCUUUGGUGAAGACACACCUUUCUAGCAAACAGGACUGGGAAAAAAACUUCAAGGCAUUAAAAGUGAGAGGGAAAGAAGCAGAACGUCUUCCAAGCACAAUCAGAAUAGAUUGUUUAACUGUGAACUGCAACCCUGUGAAAACUGUGAUUGAUGAUUUCAUCCAGAAGUUGUAUGACAUUCUAGUUGUUUCUUUGAGAAAAUCUAUUCAAGCUCACCUCUGUGAUGUUUCUACGUUUCUCACUGAUGCCAUGGAAACACUUGUGAUUAGGCCCCAGACUGUAGAUGAAAUAGCAGAAGACAAUUUAAAAUAUUUAAGCCUACAUGAACGAAAAGAGGGGAUUUUUCUCCUGUUUCAAGAGGCUGAAGAUAAAAACAAACUUCUGCGAACUGUGUCUGGUGCAGGUUUGGACAGUAUCAGUAACCUAAGAGCUACAUGGGAUAAAUUUGAAUUAAUGAUGGAAAGCCACCAGCUUAUGAUUGCUGAACAGAUGGAAGUGAUGAAAGGAAAUGUGCUUUCACGUAUCAGUACAUAUCUUCAAGAUCUGGAAAAAUUUAAAGCUCGCUGGGAUCAGCUAAAGCCAAGUGAUGAUGUAAUUGAAACAGGUGGUCAGGAUGUACUCGAGAAAAGUGCUCAGAUGAUAAAGGAAAAAAAAAAAGAAUUUGAUGAACUUAAAACCGUGAAAGAAAAACUCAUUGAAGAAUGCCAUCAUUUUAAGUUGGAAGAGCCUGACUUAUCAUUGUCAGAAGCUGUAAGUCAAGAUAUUCAGAGUUGUGCAGACGUCUGGGCACUCUAUGAAGAAUUUUAUCAAGGUUUACAGGAAAAGGCCAAAGAAGACUGGAUUACUUUUAGAAGUAAGAUAUACCUAUUUGAAGAAUUUUUGUUUAAAUGGCAUGACAGACUGAGGAAGAUGGAAGAACAUACUGUAAUGACAGUAAAGUUGCAAAAAGAAGUGGACAAAUAUAAGAUGAUAAUUCCACUCCUAAAAUAUGUAAGAGGAGAACAUCUUUCUCCAGACCAUUGGUUGGAUCUCUUUCGUCUUCUGGGUCUUCCCCGAGGCACUACACUUGAAGGUUUGCUAUUUGGAGAUCUAUUAAAAGUGACAGAUGCCAUUAUUGAAAAAGCAAUGGAACUUAAGGAUUUGAAUUGUCGAGCUCAAGGUGAAAUCACAAUCAGAGAAGCAUUACGUGAGCUUGAACUCUGGGGAGUUGGAGCUGUCUUCAUGUUAACAGAUUAUGAAGAUAGCCAAGGCAAGACCAUCAGGCUUAUUAAAGACUGGAAGGACACAGUCAAUCAAGUUGGAGAUCAUCGCUGUCUUCUACAGUCUCUUAAGGACUCUCCAUAUUACAAAGGCUUUGAAGAUAAAGUGUCCAUCUGGGAAAAAAAGCUAGCUGACUUGGAUGAGUACCUGCAGAAUUUAAACCAAAUUCAAAGGAAAUGGGUGUAUUUGGAACCGAUAUUUGGUCGUGGAGCUCUACCCAAAGAACAAGCUCGUUUUAACAGAGUUGAUGAAAACUUUAGAUCCAUUAUGUCAGAUAUUAAGAGUGACAAUAGGAUAACAUCACUGAAUGCCCGGGCAGGAAUAAAAAAUACCUUAACUACCAUUCUUGACCAGCUUCAGAGGUGUCAGAAAUCUCUGAAUGAGUUUUUGGAGGAAAAGCGCUCAGCAUUUCCAAGAUUCUAUUUUGUUGGAGAUGAUGACUUAUUAGAAAUUUUAGGACAGUCCACAAAUCCUCUGGUUAUCCAGUCUCAUCUUAAGAAACUUUUUGCUGGCAUUAAUAGUGUGAGCUUUGAUGAAGAAUUUAAAUACAUAAUUGCUAUGAAGUCUGUAGAAGGAGAAACUGUGCCACUUAGAAAUAAAGUUCUUCUAUCAAAUGAUGUGGAGGUGUGGCUAAACAGUUUGGCUUUGGAGAUGAAGGAGACUCUGAAAAAAAUGUUAAUUGACUGCGUUGAUGCUGGAAAAAAAUCACAAGGUUCAAUUGAUCCAUCGCUCUUUCCUUCCCAGAUUCUUUCCUUGGCAGAACAAAUUCUGUUCACUGAAGAUGUUGAAAGUGCUAUCAAAAACCAUAAUCUGCAACAAUUAGAAUUAGAACUCACGGCUAAAUUGGACCAUUAUACCAGCAUUGGUAGUGACAUAGAAGAUACUGGGAGUACAGAAUCUGGAAUCCUUGAGCUCAAGCUUAAAGCUCUAAUUCUUGAUAUCAUUCAUAACAUUGAUGUGGUGAAACAGCUGAAUCAAGCUGAGGUUCACAGUGUUGAAGACUGGGCUUGGAAGAAGCAGCUGAGAUUUUAUAUGAAUGACCAAAAAUGUUAUGUUCAGAUGGUAGAUGCUGAACUCCAGUAUACUUAUGAAUAUCAGGGGAUUUCACCAAAACUUGUUUAUACACCUUUGACAGAUAAGUGUUACCUAACUCUUACUCAGGCCAUGAAGAUGGGCCUUGGAGGAAAUCCCUAUGGUCCAGCUGGAACUGGGAAGACAGAAUCAGUAAAAGCCUUGGGUGGGAUUCUUGGAAGACAAGUAUUAGUCUUUAAUUGUGAUGAGGGCAUUGAUGUGAAGUCAAUGGGACGCAUAUUUGUGGGCUUAGUGAAGUGUGGUGCCUGGGGGUGUUUUGAUGAAUUCAAUAGGCUUGAGGAAGCUGUAUUGUCCGCAGUAUCCAUGCAGGUUCAGACAAUUCAACAUGCCCUGAAGAAACACAGUCCUGUGUGUGAGAUGCUUGGCAAAAAGGUUGAAAUGGAUCCUAAUUCUGGAAUUUUUAUCACUCUGAAUCCUGCUGGAAAAGGUUAUGGUGGAAGACAAAAACUGCCUGAUAACCUCAAGCAACUUUUCAGGCCAGUUGCUAUGACUCAUCCAGACAAUGAACUCAUUGCAGAAGUUAUUUUGUAUUCAGAAGGCUUUAAGGAUGCUAAAAUACUGGGUAGAAAAUUAGUGGCUAUUUUUAAUCUAGCAAGGGAGCUUCUGACACCACAGCAGCACUAUGAUUGGGGUUUACGAGCACUGAAGACUGUAUUGAGAGGCUGUGGCAGUCUUCUUCAUCAGCUGAAGAAAAGUGAUGCAAAGCAAGAGGUUAAUGAAAGUCACAUAGUGGUUCAAGCUUUGCGACUGAACACUACAUCAAAGCUUACAUUUGCAGACUGCACUCGUUUUGAUGAGUUGGUUAAAGAUGUAUUUCCUGGCACUGAUUCUAAAGAUGUGGAAUAUGCUGAGUUAACUGCAGCUUUGCAACAAGUCUUUGAGGAAGCAAACUUGGAAAUUAUUAGCACACAGAUCAAGAAGGCUUUGGAGUUAUAUGAGCAGCUGCGUCAGAGAAUGGGUGUAGUUAUUGUAGGUCCCAGUGGUGGAGGUAAAUCAACGCUCUGGCGGAUGUUAAAGGCAGCCCUUGGUAAAACCGGCAGAGUAGUGAAGCAGUACACAAUGAAUCCCAAAGCCAUGCCUCGGCAUCAGCUGCUGGGCCGGAUUGACAUGGAUACCAGGGAAUGGUCUGAUGGAGUGCUUACAAAUAGUGCUCGGCAAGUGGUGCGAGAGCCACAAGAUAUUACUUCAUGGAUAAUUUGUGAUGGUGAUAUUGAUCCUGAAUGGAUUGAAUCUCUGAAUUCUGUUUUGGAUGACAACAAAUUGUUGACUAUGCCCAGUGGAGAAAGAAUUCAGUUUGGUUCAAAUGUUAACUUUAUAUUUGAAACUCAUGACCUUAGCUGUGCCUCUCCUGCUACAAUAUCUCGAAUGGGAAUGAUCUUUCUGAGUGAUGAAGAUACAGAUCUUAAUGCUCUAAUAAAGUCUUGGAUAAGAAGUCAGCCUGAAGAAUGCAGAUACAACCUUGAAAAUUGGAUUGGGGACUAUUUUGAAAAGGCUUUAAACUGGGUUGUAAAGAAGAAUGACUUUGUUGUGGAAACAAGUUUAGUUGGAACUGUGAUGAAUGGACUGUCUCAUCUUCGUGGCAGUAGUGAUCGUGGACAGUUUAUGAUUAACUUGUUACGUGGUCUUGGUGGCAAUCUCAACAUGAAGUCACGACAAGAAUUUGCAAAAGAGAUCUUCAGUUGGUCACAAGAGUCUCCUCCUGAUCCAAGGAAGCCUCUGGACACUUAUUAUGACACUGACACUGGAGAGCUAAUGCUGUAUCAGCUGAAAAAAACUGAAAAUCUAACAGCUGAUGACUUCAGUAAUCUCCAAAAUCUUCCUGUCAUCCAAACCCCUGACAUGCAGAGAAGUUUAGAUUACUUUAGACCAUGGCUAGAUAUUAAUAAUAAGCAGCCAUUUCUUCUUGUGGGUCCUGAAGGAUGUGGAAAAGGGAUGCUGCUUCACUAUGCAUUUUCUCAGCUCCGCUCCACUCAGAUCGCCACUGUUCACUGCAGUGCACAGACUACUUCUCAACAUCUUCUACAGAAAUUAAGUCAAACUUGCAUUGUAAUCAGCACAAACACUGGACGAGUGUACAGACCAAAGGACUGUGAAAGGCUUGUUUUGUACUUAAAAGACAUCAAUUUACCCAAACCUGAUAAAUGGGGAACAAGCACUCUUGUGGCUUUUCUGCAGCAGGUUCUUACAUAUCAAGGAUUUUAUGAUGAAAAUCUGGAAUGGGUUGGUUUAGAAAGCAUCCAAAUUGUGGCUUCCAUGUCAGCUGGAGGAACAUUAGGAAGACAUAAACUUACCUCCAGAUUUACUUCUAUUGUUCGUCUCUGUGCAAUUGACUAUCCAGAAAGAGAACAAUUGCAAACUAUUUAUAGUGCCUACUUGGAACCUGUACUACAGAAAAACCUAAAGAAUCACCCUGUUUGGGGUUCUUUACCAAAAAUACAUCAGCUAGCAGGAUCUAUGGUUCAGAUCUAUGAACAGGUACGAGCAAAAUUCACAGUUGAUGAUCACAGUCAUUACCUUUUUACACCAUGUAUUCUUACUCAGUGGGUUCUUGGUUUAUUCAGAUAUGAUUUAGAAGGUGGUUCAUUGACACAAACUGCAGACUUUGUAUUGGAAGUUCUUGCUUAUGAAGCACGCCGCUUGUUCCGUGACAGAAUUGUUGGCACAAAAGAACUUCAAGUAUUUGACAACAUUUUGACCAAUGUGUUUCAAGGUGAUUGGGGCUCUGAUGUUCUGGACAAUAUGGCAGAUACCUUUUAUGUAACUUGGGGAGCUUGUCAAGAGGCAUUCAUCACACCAGGCCAGGCACUACCACCACAUGGGAGGCCACUUGGCAGACUAAACUCAACAGACCUGAAAGAUGUUAUUCAAAAAGGUAUAAUUCACUAUGGACGAGACAAAAAAGAGAUAGAUAUUUUACUGUUCCACGAAGUCCUCAGUUAUAUGUCCAAAGUGGACAGAGUGCUGAGUUUUCCUGGAGGAUCACUUCUUUUGGCAGGACGGAGUGGUGUAGGUCGUCGAACAGUUACCUCUUUAGUCAGUCAUAUGCAUGGAGCUGUUCUGGUUACUCCCAAAAUUUCCAGAGGUUAUCAGCUGAAGCAGUUCAAAACUGAUCUUAAAUAUGUGAUGGAGCUUGCAGGCAUUGAAGCCCAGCAGGUGGUAUUGCUGCUUGAAGACUAUCAGUUUGUUCAUUCCACUUUCCUGGAGAUGGUCAACAGUUUACUGUCCUCAGGAGAAGUUCCUGGGCUGUAUCAAAUAGAAGAAUUGGAACCAUUGCUAUCUCCUCUGAAGGAUCAAGCUUCGCAAGAUGGAUUUACAGGACCAAUUUUCACCUACUUCACAUACCGGAUCCAACAAAAUCUGCAUGUUGUCUUGAUCAUGGAUUCUACCAAUUUAAAUUUCACAAUAAACUGUGAAAGUAAUCCAGCACUGUAUAAGAAAUGCCAGGUUUUAUGGAUGGAAGGCUGGUCAGAAGACAGUAUGAAAAAGAUACCUGAAAUGCUUCUGUGUGAUUCAGAUGAGCAAGAAAAGACUGGAAAAACACAAAAAGAAGUUAAGAAAAAACAUUCAGGUCAUUCCGAUUUUCUGAAGUCAUUUUUGGCAAUCCAUGAAUCAUGUAAAAUAUACGGAGCAACGCCUAGCAGGUAUAUGACAUUCCUUCGUGUAUACAGUACCAUCAACAGCAGUAAAAGAAAAGAGCUAAUAAAAAGGCAGAACCACUUGCAGGCAGGUGUUUCAAAGCUGAAUGAGGCUAAAGCCCUGGUAGAUGAGCUGAACAGGAAAGCUGGAGAACAAAGCAUUUUACUCAAAACGAAGCAGGAUGAAGCAGAUGCUGCUCUUCAAGAAAUUACAGUAUCUAUGCAGAGUGCUAGUGAGCAGAAGGCAGAAAUGGAAAAAAUAAAACACCGAAUAGCAGAAGAGGCUGCAGAAAUAGAACAAAGAAAAAGAAAAAUUGAAGAUGAACUGAAAGAGGUUCAGCCAUUGGUUAAUGAAGCUAAAUUGGCUGUUGGAAAUAUAAAGCCAGAAGCUUUGUUAGAAAUCCGGUCGCUGCGGAUGCCCCCUGACAUAAUCAGAGACAUUCUAGAGGGAGUUCUGCGCCUGAUGGGGAUUUUUGAUACAUCAUGGGUGAGCAUGAAAAGUUUCUUGGCCAAAAGAAGUGUGAGGGAGGACAUAGGAUCAUUUGAUGCCCGUAAUAUUCCAAAAGAAAUACGAGCGAGUGUUGAAGAACUUCUUUCUAAAAACAGAGCAUCUUUUGAUCCAAAGAAUGCUAAACGAGCCAGUGCUGCAGCUGCUCCAUUAGCAGCUUGGGUGAAUGCCAACAUCCAGUAUUCCCAUGUCCUAGAGCGAAUUCAGCCUUUGGAAAAAGAAAAGGCUGGCUUGGAAGCUAAUCUCAAGAAAACUGAGGACAGAAAACGGAAGUUAGAGGAUCUUCUGAACUCUGUUGGUCAAAAAGUAUUUGAACUGAAAGACAAGUUCCAGAAUAGAACAACAGAAGCAGCAAAACUUGAAGCAGAACUAAGUAAAGCUCAGAAAACAUUGAAAGCUGCAGAGGUACUGAUAAAUCAACUUGAUAGGGAGCACAAAAGAUGGAGCACUCAGGUGUCAGAGAUAACAGAUGACCUGGCAACGUUGCCUAAAAGAGCUCAGUUAGCAGCUGCAUUUAUUACAUAUCUUUCUGCUGCUCCUGAGGAUCAGAGGAAAAACAGUUUGGAUGAAUGGACCAAAUCAGCCGGCCUUGAAAAGUUCGAUUUACGACGGUUCCUGUGUACAGAAAGUGAGGAGUUAGUUUGGAAAAGUGAAGGUUUGCCUUCAGAUGACCUUUCAAUAGAAAAUGCUCUUGUCAUCUUGCAGAGUAAAGUUUGCCCAUUUUUGAUAGACCCUUCUUUCCGGGCUACUGAAUGGUUGAAGACACAUUUGAAGGAAUCACGUUUGGAAGUUAUUAACCAACAGGACACCAACUUCCUAACUGCUCUUGAGCUGGCAGUGAGAUUUGGGAAGACACUUAUAAUACAGGAAGUAGAUGGAGUGGAACCUGUGCUUUACCCAUUGCUAAGAAAAGAUCUUACUGCUCAAGGACCCCGUUAUGCCAUACAAAUAGGUGAAAAAAUGGUAGAUUAUAAUGAAGAAUUCCGUCUUUUUCUAUCAACAAGGAACCCAAAUCCCUUCAUUCCACCUGAUGCUUCUUCUAUUGUUACAGAAGUAAACUUUACCACAACAGCAAGUGGCUUAAGAGGACAGCUUUUGGCUUUAACAAUUCAGCAUGAGAAGCCUGAUUUGGAAGAGCAGAAGACAAAACUCUUGCAACAGGAAGAAGAUAAGAAGAUACAGUUAGCUAAACUGGAGGAUUCUCUUUUGGAGACACUUGCAACAUCACAAGGCAAUAUACUAGAAAAUAAGGAUCUGAUUGAAUCUUUGAAUCAAACUAAAGCAAGCAGUGCACUCAUCCAAGAAUCACUGGCUGAAUCUUUCAGGCUUCAGAGCUUCCUUGAUAAGGAGAGGGAUGCCUAUCUCCCUUUGGCUGAGAGUGCUAGCAAGAUGUACUUCAUUAUCUCUGACUUGUCCAAAAUUAAUAAUAUGUACCGCUUUAGUUUGGCGGCGUUCCUGCGGCUUUUCCAAAGGGCUCUGCAAAGCGAGCAGGAUUCAGGUAAUACUGAGGAAAGAAUCAAGUUGCUUAUUGACUCAUUGAAACAUACAGUGUAUGAAUAUGUUUGUCGUUGUUUGUUUAAGGCUGAUCAGCUGAUGUUUGCACUACAUUUUGUACGAGGAAUGCACCCUGAGCUUUUUCAAGAGAAUGAAUGGGAGACUUUUACAGGUGUGAUCAUUGGAGACACCAUCAGAAAAUCAGAUUCACAAAGAAGCGCUCGUGACCAGGUUCCCUCUUGGAUAGAACAGGACCGAGUCUGGGCAGUAGCAUCUUUGAAGGUUUCUCUCCCAGGUCUCUAUCAGACACUUUGCUUUGAAGAUGAAAGUCUGUGGCGCACUUUUUCUCAGAGCUCUGUAUGUGAACAAGACUUUCCAUCUCCUGUUGUAAAAAGAAUUUCGUUGUUUCAGCAGGUACUUGUGGUCCAGGCUGUCAGACCAGACAGACUACAGAGUGCCAUGGCUCUUUUUGCGUGUAAAACCCUAGGAAUAAAAGAAUUAUCUCCAUCACCUCUGAAUAUGAAACGUCUGUAUAAAGAGACACUGGAAAUUGAGCCCAUCUUGAUAAUAAUUUCUCCUGGUGCUGAUCCUUCUCAAGAAUUACAGGAACUUGCCAGUGUUGAAAGAAAUACUGAGUGCUACCAUCAGAUUGCCAUGGGCCAGGGCCAAGCUGACCUGGCUAUUCAAACUUUGAGAGAAUGUGCUCGGAAUGGAGAAUGGCUGUGUUUGAAGAACCUGCAUCUCGUUACAUCUUGGCUUCCUGUAUUGGAGAAGGAGCUGAAUACAUUACAUCCUCAACCAAACUUUCGUCUUUGGCUUACUACGGAAGUUCAUCCAAAGUUUACUCCAAUUUUGCUUCAGUCAAGUCUGAAAAUAACUUAUGAAGCACCUCCAGGCCUCAAAAAAAAUCUCUUGCGAACUUAUGAAUCUUGGACACCAGAGCAAAUCAACAAAAAGGGAAAUUUGUCUAGAGCACAUUCUCUCUUCUGUUUAGCAUGGUUUCAUGCUGUAUGCCAAGAAAGAAGAAAUUAUAUCCCUCAGGGUUGGACCAAGUUUUAUGAAUUUUCUUUGUCUGAUCUUCGUGCUGGUUUUGACAUUAUUGAUGGACUCUUUGAAGGUUCCAAAGAUUUUCAGUGGGAAUUUGUUCAUGGCUUGUUUGAAAAUGCAAUUUAUGGAGGUCGUGUAGAUAAUUAUUUUGAUAUGAGAGUUCUUCGGUCCUACUUGGAGCAGCUUUUCAAUUCACGAAUCAUUGGCAGUUUAAAUGCCAGAGGCAAGAAGAUGAGUACUUUCCCGUGUUCGAUCUCUUUACCGAAUUCCUGCAGCAUUUUGGAUUAUCGUAAUAUUAUUGAAAGUCUCCCAGAAGAUGAUAAACCUGACUUUUUUGGCCUGCCAGCUAAUAUUGCUCGUUCAUCACAGCGUAUCAUCAGUUCCCAGGUCAUUUCACAGCUUCGGAUCCUGAGUAGGUCAGUAACUGCUGGCUGCAAAUUUGACAGAGAAAUAUGGUCUACAGAACUUUCUCCUGUUCUCAACCUAUGGAAGAAACUUAAUCAGAAUUCCAACCUGAUCCAUCAGAAGGUGUCUUCUCCUGCAGAACAAAAAGGAUCUCCAAUCUUAGCGUUCAUUAGCCUGGAACACUUCAAUGCCAUCCGCCUUGUGCAGAGCGUCCAUCAGUCACUUGCUUCUUUAAGUAAAGUCAUCAGAGGCACCUCACUACUGAGUUCUGAAGUACAAAGUCUAGCAAUUGCUCUGUUAAACCAAAAAUGUCCUGUUGCCUGGCAAAGUAAGUGGGAAGGUCCAGAAGAUCCUUUGCAAUAUCUUAGAAGUCUUGUAGCUCGAGCACUUGCCAUACAGAAUUGGGUUGAAAAAGCAGAGAAACAGAAACUCUUGUCAGACACCCUUGACCUUUCUGAGCUGUUUCAUCCAGACACAUUUCUCAAUGCCUUACGCCAGGAGACUGCAAGAGUAAUGAAGUGUUCAGUGGACAGUCUUAAAUUUACAGCUUCAUGGAAAGGGCGAAUACAGGAAGGCAAACUCCAAGUUAAGAUCAGUGGCUUACAACUGGAAGGUUGUCGUUUUGAUGGAAAUCGACUUUCAGAAAAUCUGCAUGAUUCUCCCAGUGUGUCAUCUGUUCUCCCUUGUUACAUGGCCUGGAUUCCACAGGAUGCAUAUGGUCCAUAUUCUCCAGAGGAAUGCAUAUCUUUACCAGUGUACACUAGUGUGGAGAGAGACCGUGUGGUGACAAAUAUUGAUGUACCUUGUGGAGGAAACCAAGACCAGUGGAUUCAAUGUGGAGCUGCUUUAUUUUUGAAAAAUCAGUGAUCUGAAACUGCAUCAACUUGUGAAGUUAAGAGAUAUUUAAGCAUCUAAUUUCUUACCUACUUAAAGAGAACUUUAGAUUAGUUGUUUUUCUAUUUUUAAAGCAAUGGUUUAUUAAUUCUUGUUUAUUUUUUUUAAGAUGUAUUUAAAUAAUCCUACUUGAUAGAACUUCACUGUAUCUUUGUGGGAUAUUGUAAGAUUUGAUAUGACACUGUUAAGCAAACUGCUAAUUUGGAUUGUUUCUCUAGAUUGUAAUAUACUGUAUUUCUUUCUUGAAGUUGUUGAAAUCUCUUUUGGUUUGCUCAGAAAUAUUGGAUAAAAUUCAAAGUCAGCAUUUUUUCUUUUAUCUUUUUUUUCAUUAUCUUUUUGAAACUGUUAUUCAUAUGCCUCUGUUAUUCAAUAAAAUAAAAUUUUUAAAAUUACCCCUUUUAACUGAAAUUUAAUGUUUUACUUGAAGAUAAGAAUCAGGAUAAAUGUGUCAGUCUCUUUUAAUGAUGUUUUACUUGUAAUGGUAUUUCUUUGUAUAGGUAGUAAAUAAAAGGAUUUUGAUGAACUUCA